AUGCUGCGCAACAGAUCCGCCGCUUCAGUUUUGCAAAAGACAUAUGAUGAGAGCUACCUGACAUGCUCCACUGCUGUCUAUUACGAGGGCCAGGGCAAUGAGGAUGAGGCUAUGCGAUGCUGGAAACAGGCCCUCGAGCAAAUCUAUGACCAGCAAACAAACAAAAUUUUGCCAACCUUUACCCCACGUUCCGAGACGGAGAAGGCGCUGGUUGACAGUCUUCGGCAACUCGAGGUACAGUGCAAGGAACGAAUUGAUCUCCUAGAGGCCCUCCGUCUUUCGCGCCUCGAGUCUCUCAAGCAUGAAGCUACACCAUCCGCGUCACGUUUGUCACCCUUGCCGAACCCCUCAGACCCCCCCAAGGGCUGGAUAGGUGACGGAACAAUCCCAGCCGUAACCUAUACAGACCUUUCCCGACCAACUCCCACCAAGCGACCCUUUGUAGGGACCAGGUCUAUCUCGGAACAAACCAUGCCUACACCUGGGCCUUCUUCCGAGGCACGUACGCCAGGCGGGGAGUUUCCCUUUACAUCCACGCGACCAGUGUUAACGUCGCCACCGUCGGCGUCAAGGCCUUCGCUCGAGGAGCGAACAUCGUCAAGGACACGCAGCCCCGAGAAGCAUACCAUGCGCACAACCUUGCGGACCGGACGUUUGGGAGACAAAAAAACUAGCCAUCGCCAGACGCCUCCAACCUCGGUUUCAGAACGCCCCGGUGCCAAUAAGGCGGCCUCGCUUGCCUGGAGCUAUCUUGGGAAAAGAGAAAGAUCGAGUCCAUCAGGGAGUGCAAGCGGUAAUAGUGGUGGAACCGGCACCACUGAUCAGACAAGUUCGGUACCGCCCGCAAGCUCUCCCUACUCAGUGGAAAGGCUACGUCAAAGUCCAGCGUUGGCAGGCCGCCAGCAGCAAUGGGACACACAUACUAGGCGAUUGGUCACGGGUCGUCCUCGGAGCCAAUCCAAACCGCCUGAUGGACGACCUACUCCUGAAUCAUCAACACCCCGCCGUUCUGAUGAGCAUACCCACAGUCGCCAAUCCUCCUUCACCAUCAGCGCUGCUGCCGCAUCAAGUGCACUCAAUUCAUUGACUUUGAGGGAUAACAACGAGCGCUCGCCGUUGGAAGGGGAGGAAGGACUCCGGCUAAGAACCGCUCCGUUACCGACACCAAGGAGGAGGCCUCUGCCUGCGACGGGGAACACGGAUGACGAAGACACCUCAUACUCAGCGAGAGGAAGCGCAACAGCGACCAGAAAAUCGAACAGAAAGAUGUCCGAUCCAACGCUGGCUCAACGGAAGCCCAUCAGCCGGACUUCUUAUUUAACAAGCACGGCAAGGCCCGCGUCUGGCAGAUCGGCGACGACACAGGAUGUUGAUACACCUCGGACGAGCGCUCGGGCGAGGGGGAAAAGGCUCGAACAACCCCCAGCUUCGUCAAGUUCUGAGGAUUCCGAAUAUGAAACUCCCCGGCGGCCGACAGCAAGACAGCAACUAAGACAAAGACUGAAGCAGAGUGAGGUUUCCCUAGUUGUCGAUACACCAACCCACAACUCCGAAAGCCCAGAAUCUGAAGGCGAAGAUGGGGCGGCUCAACAAAGGUCAGAAGCUGCCAAGUGGAACAAGCAAAAGGCAAAGAUAUUGCGCCGUCUUCCUCCAGGGGUUGAUGAACAUGCUGCGAAACAGAUCUUGAACGAGAUCGUCGUUCAGGGUGAUGAAGUUCACUGGAGUGACAUAGCCGGCCUCGAGGUAGCCAAAAAUGCACUUCGAGAGACCGUAGUUUAUCCUUUUCUCCGGCCGGAUCUCUUCAAGGGUCUUCGCGAGCCGGCCAGAGGCAUGCUGCUUUUUGGGCCACCAGGAACAGGAAAGACUAUGUUGGCCCGCGCAGUUGCCACGGAGUCCAAAUCUACCUUCUUCUCCAUCUCUGCUAGUAGUCUGACAAGUAAGUACCUCGGCGAAUCAGAGAAACUUGUUAGGGCACUGUUUGCGCUGGCAAAGGUGUUGUCGCCGAGCAUCAUUUUUGUUGAUGAGAUUGACUCGCUGCUGUCGCAGAGAUCUGGCUCUGGGGAACACGAGGCCACGAUGAGGAUUAAGACGGAGUUCCUCAUCCAAUGGAGUGAUCUUCAGAGAGCUGCUGCCGGCAGAGAGACUGCAGCGAAAGGAACAAAGGAAAACGGCACCGAUGGUGAUGUGAACAGAGUCUUGGUGCUUGCCGCCACGAACCUUCCGUGGGCUAUCGACGAGGCUGCAAGGAGACGAUUUGUGAGGAGACAGUAUAUCCCACUCCCCGAAGCUGAUACAAGAGCAAUCCAGUUCAAAACGCUCCUCAGUCAGCAAAAACAUACACUGACCAACGAGGACAUCAAUGAGCUUGUGAAUAUGACCGAUGGAUUUUCCGGAUCCGAUAUCACAGCGUUAGCUAAAGAUGCGGCCAUGGGUCCUUUGCGGUCUUUAGGUGAGGCGUUACUACAAACAACCAUGGACCAGAUACGCCCGAUAGAGUUAAAGGAUUUUGUCACCAGUCUCGCUACCAUUCGGCCUAGCGUUAGCAAGGCAAACCUCAAGUUCUAUGAGGAUUGGGCAAGAGAUUUUGGAGAAAGAGGCGGUUAG